AUCCAAACGAUUAAAUGUCAAACUAUGCUGCCACUAUACUACCACUCCAAAGCCCAUAUCCAAAGUCCAUGUCCAAGGCCAUCCAACUCUAUGCCAUGCCACCGCCGAAACCGUCUUUCCCAUGCAAAACCACAACGCCAUCAAUGCAACCACGCUAUGCCCUCUGUCCAAAACAUUCAUCCAAAGCCCCUAACCAACGCUGCUGUCCAAAGCACACAUCUGAAGCACUUGUCCACCCAAAUCUCCAACCAAAUCCUCAACCAAAUGUCCAGCCAUAUGUUCAACCCAAUAUCCAAAACGCAUAUCCAAAGCACCUCUCGACAGAAGAUCCCCAGUCAAAUGACCAACCCAAAUUCUCAACCAACUGUUCAACCCGAAUUCUCAACCAAAUGACCAACCCAAAUCUUCAACCAAAUAACCAGACCACCUAUCCAAAAAGAGACAAAUGGGGUGUCCGAGCCCUGAAGCACCUUGUACGCCCCUUGUCUUGAAGGUACUUCAGGGCCCGGACAGCGGACAUUCCGUCGUCCGCACCCCCGCUACAUUACUCAGACAAAUUCACCCACCGCUUGGGGAGCAGCGAAGAAACCAUUCUACCGCCCGCAAAGCAAACCACGAAAACCAAACGCAUGUCCAACACCACCACCACCACCAC